AUACCCUCAUUAGGCUGUACAGGUGCUUGCCCGUCUCGACUGCCAAAGCAUAUCGCGUCGGGGAGUUGUGGAGAAGCCACGGUUUGUAGCGAGGCACGUUGCACCACCAAGCGACGCGACGAAACAGUGUGUGAGCAGUACCAAGUGAUCGCGGAUGCGUGCGUCGGACGUCUGCCGAUAUAAUCAAUUACAUACCCUGUCGGAUCCAUAUUUCGCGGGUUGCGAUUUUUUUUACAACGGUGUCACGACUAGGCGCUUAAAUUAGUGUCAAUAUAGUUCGUCGAGAGUGUGUGGUGUAGCGCAGUGCAAUUAUUCAAAUGUUCGUUUGACCGAAACACGUGCCACACGUUUUAAGGCAGGCGAUUAAAGUGUUACGAUCGUGUCAACAAUUAAAAAAAUACUAUAAAGUUCAGUGUGUAAAAAGCUUAAACAGAAAAUUAUGAAUAUCCUGGUGAUGCGCGCUCUGCGGGGGCGAAGACUGAUAGCUCAUCGAUCAAUUUCUACGACGACAGUUCAUAGCUGCUACCAUAUGAUAUUGAUCUCGAUAGCGUUGUUGCUGGCCGUGGUUUGCGGUGGAACGAGUGGUCAGAUUACGAGGAGAUUUCCAGCCGACUUCCGGUUUGGGGUUGGUUCAUCCGCUUACCAGAUCGAGGGUGGCUGGAACGCCGGUGGCAAGGGGGAGUCUAUCUGGGACCGAAUGACGCACCGACACCCGGAGAAGAUUGAAGAUCGAAGCAAUGGCGAUGUCAGCUCGGACAGUUAUCAUAACUGGCGCCGCGACGCCGAGAUGGUACACGAACUGGGUGUCGAUAUAUAUCGUUUCUCUCUUUCGUGGCCCCGAAUUUUGCCGAGUGGAUUUGUGAACAGCGUUAGUAAGAACGGAAUCCGUUACUACAGCGGACUUAUUGACGAGCUGAUCAGGUACAACAUCACCCCGAUGGUGACCUUAUAUCAUUGGGAUCUGCCCCAGCGGUUGCAGGAUUUGGGCGGCUGGACGAACCCGGAACUGAUUAGUUACUUUAAGGACUAUGCGCGGGUCGCAUUCGAACAGUUUGGUGAUCGCGUUCAGAUUUGGACGACCUUCAACGAACCGUGGCAUGUUUGUGAGCAAGCGUACGGUAUUGAUUUUAUGGCUCCAGCUCUAGAUUACCCGGGAAUAGCAAGUUACUUGUGUGGGCACAACUUGCUGAAAGCCCACGCCGAGGUUGUUCAUAUGUACAGAAGAAGGUUUAUGCCAGCACAGCAUGGGACGAUCGGGUUCACGACCGACAUUUCCUGGCCGGAACCGAUGACCGGUAGUGAGGAAGAUCGUGCUGCUUCGGAACGCAGCUUGCAGUUUUAUAUUGGAUGGUUUGCUCAUCCGAUUUUCUCAGAGAGUGGAGAUUACCCGCAGGUGAUGAUUGAUCGGGUGGCUGCGCUGAGCAAACAGCAAGGGUUCUCCAAAUCUAGACUGCCGAAAUUCACUCGGGAAGAGGUGGAGAUGAUCAAAGGAACGGCAGAUUUCUUUGGAAUCAACUCAUACACGUCGGUGCUGGUUCAGAGGAAUGAUAGAAAUAACUCGGCGAAAUUCCCGGUACCCUCUUUCAAUCAUGAUAUGGGUGUUGUGGAAUCCAGUGACCCAACUUGGCCAAAGAGCGGUUCCGUAUGGUUGCAUGUGGUUCCAUCGGGAAUGAAUAAACUGCUGAAUUGGAUUCGCAAAGAGUACAACAAUCCCCCGGUGUAUGUGACGGAAAAUGGUGUCAGCGAUCGGGGUGGAACCAACGAUGUCAAGCGGAUCGAUUACUUUAACUCCUACCUGGAGGCGGUACUGGAUGCGAUCGAGGACGGUUGUAAUGUUCAGAUGUACGUUGCCUGGAGUUUGAUGGAUAGCUACGAAUGGAAGGCAGGAUUCACCGAAAAGUUCGGCCUUUACCAUGUUGAUUUUAGCAGUCCCAAUCGAACACGCACUCCCAAGGCUUCGGCAAAGGUAUUCGCCAAUAUAGUACGAACCCACCAGAUCGACUGGAGUUAUCGACCGAUGCCGGAAGUAAUGAUCAAACCGCCAUCUCCUUACCGUUCCAACAGUAGUGUUAAAGUUCCUGUGAUAUAUUUGCUUAUUGCAACUGUGGCCGUCGCGUUGAAAGUGCUCUUCUGUAGUUAGCGAUGUUCUGGCAAAGCUCAAUGUACCGAUAUAGUAUUUAAUGAUUUAUUCUUUUUUAUAAACCGUGGCGCGUGUAAAUAAAUGGAAACUUUUGUUUUUCUAACUAUUCA